AUGGCCGGUGGGGUGGUUCCUGUGGAUUCACCAAUGGCCAAUGCCUUCGCUGGCAACAUCACGCUCUCAGUUAUCAUCACUUGCCUCGUUGCUGCAUCUAGUGGACUCAUUUUUGGAUAUGACGUCGGAAUUUCAGGAGGUGUGACAACAAUGGUACCAUUUCUGCAAAAAUUCUUCCCAGAUAUACUAAGAAAGGCUGCAAGUACUGAAGUAAACAUGUACUGUGUGUAUGAUAGUCAAAUAUUGACAUUAUUCACCUCUUCCUUAUAUCUUGCUGGAUUAGUAUCAUCUCUUGCAGCUAGUCGAAUCACGAUAGCAUUUGGUAGGAGAAACAUCAUCCUCUUUGGUGGAAUUUUCUUUCUUGUUGGUAGUGCCCUUAAUGGAGGGGCUCAAAAUAUUGCCAUGCUCAUUUUAGGUCGUAUCUUACUCGGACUUGGUGUUGGUUUUACAAAUCAAUCUGGACCAUUGUAUCUUUCUGAAAUCGCUCCACCAAAACGGCGAGGAGCAUUCAACGCAGCCUUCAAUUUCUUCGUAGGAAUAGGAGUGGUAGCCGCAGGCUGCAUAAACUUCGGAACCGCAAAGCACACAUGGGGGUGGCGACUGUCUCUUGGCCUGGCCGUGGUGCCUGCGGCAGUUAUGACAUUUGGUGCCUUGCUUAUAACUGACACCCCAAGUAGCUUGGUUGAACGUGGGAAAAUAGACGAAGCCAGAAGAGCCUUGCGCAAAGCCAGAGGAUCCUCCAUCGAUAUUGAACCUGAGUUGGAAGAACUCAUUAAGUGGUCUCAAAUUGCAAAAUCUGUGGAGCAGGAGCCCUUCAAGACCAUAUUUGAGAGGCAGUAUCGACCCCACUUGGUCAUGGCAAUUGCUAUCACAUUUUUUCAACAACUCACAGGGAUUAACAUCGUGGCAUUCUAUGCUCCUAACCUCUUUCAGUCAGUGGGUUUGGGACACGAUACCGCUUUAAUUUCUGCCAUUAUUCUCGGAACAGUCAACCUUGCUUCCAUUGUCUUGGGCACUGCUAUUGUUGAUCGGUUUGGUCGAAGGUUCUUGUUCAUAACUGGCGGCAUAUGCAUGUUUCUUUGCCAGCUUGCGCUGUCCGUUGUGCUAGCAGUGGUAACUGGUGUUUAUGGUACAAAGGAUAUAUCAAAGGGCAAUGCAAUUGUGGUGCUGGUGCUACUCUCUUUAUACGCUGCAAGCUUUGGUGGGUCUUGGGGGUCUCUCACAUGGCUAAUUCCAAGUGAGAUUUUCCCCUUAAAAAUCAGAAGCACUGGACAAAGCAUAGCUAUUGCUGUGCAGUUCGUAACCAUAUUUAUAUUAUCUCAGACAUUCUUGACAAUGUUAUGCCACUUUAAGUUUGGUGCCUUAGUGUUCUACGCUGGUUGGAUUGUUAUUAUGACCAUCUUUAUUAUAUUUUUCUUGCCUGAGACAAAAGGAAUUCCUUUGGAAUCAAUGCACAUCAUAUGGAGUAAACACUGGUUUUGGAGCCGGUUUGUAAAAGAAGCUCCCCAACAGAAUCUUCCAUGA